CUAUAUCCGAACCAAUUUCCCUCCUUCCACCCCUCUUCUCUUCUUCCCUCGUUUUCUCCCCUCUUUUGCCCUUCUCUCUCUUCCCGCUUUUUUAUUCCCUCCACCUAUCUCUUCAGAUCUCCUCCGCCCCCACCGCCCACCGCCGUUCUUCCUUCCGGCCACCGCCGACCCUUUUCAGAUCACCUCAAUUCCUUCCGACCCAAUUCCCCUCUUUGCUUUCUCUCCCCUUUUUCCAGCUCCAAUUUUCCCUCCAAUUUUACCACUGUUUCUGGGGGAAAAAAAUUGUUCCAGAAGAAAAUUGGAAAAAAAUUUAAUCUUUUUACUUGGUAAAGAGACAGCAGAUCAUGCAGCAACAGCAGCAGCAGGCCUUGAAUCGGCAGCUUCCAUUCACGGCGAUGAAGCCGCCGUUUGCUGACUAUCAUCACUUCUCCGAAGACCCUCAUCGGCCUCGCGAGCCUGAAGCUAUCGUAGUCAAAACCCCCCCACCUCCGCCUGCCAAAAGAAAAAGUGAAAUGGCAAAUGUUGAAGCUGAUGUUAACAAUCAGAACCCUUCAGACCCCGCAAACAAUUCCACGAAGACACCUGCUUCGGGAAAAGUUGGAAAAGCGCAAAAAGCACCAAGGACAACCAAGGCUAAUAGAGCUGGAUCUCAAACUCCUGGCACAAAUGUUGGUUCCCCAGGCAAUCAUCUCACCCCAGUUGGUCCAUGUCGCUACGACAGCUCCCUUGGUCUCUUGACAAAAAAGUUCAUAAAUUUGAUCAAGCAUGCUGAAGAUGGGAUACUUGAUCUGAAUAAGGCUGCUGACACACUAGAUGUUCAGAAGAGGCGUAUAUAUGACAUUACAAAUGUUCUUGAAGGCAUUGGUCUUAUCGAAAAAAAGCUCAAGAACAGAAUUCAGUGGAAGGGUCUUGAUGUAGCGAGGCCUGGGGAAGCUGAUGAAAGUGUUGCUAGCCUACAGGCGGAUAUAGAGAACUUGUCCAUGGAAGAGCGUAGAUUAGAUGAACAAAUAAGAGAAAUGCAGGAAAGGUUAAGGGACCUGAGUGAAGAGGAAAAUAAUCAAAAAUGGCUUUUCGUCACUGAAGAAGACAUUAAGAGUAUACCCUGCUUCCAGAAUGAAACUUUAAUAGCAAUUAAGGCUCCUCAUGGCACCACUUUGGAGGUUCCUGAUCCUGAUGAGGCUGUUGAUUAUCCCCAAAGGAGAUACAGGAUUGUUUUGAGGAGUACCAUGGGACCCAUAGAUGUUUACCUUGUCAGCCAAUUUGAGGAGAAAUUUGAGGAGGUCAAUGCUGUCGAAGAACCUCCAGCUAUCCCUUCUACAUCUGGUGUGAAUGAUACUUCAGAUAUCCCUUCUACAUCUGGUUUGAAUGUCAAUCCAGAUAUCCCUUCUACAUCUGGUCUGAAUGAGAAUGUAGCUACGACAUCCACAUCCAAGGAGACCGGAGGAAAUGUGCUCGCAAUGGAAGGGCAAAAUGAUAGGAUAUGCUCGGACAUAGGAACAUCGCAGGACUUCAUGAGUGGGAUCAUGAAAAUUGUUCCGGAUGUUGAUAAUGAUGCAGAUUACUGGCUUUUGUCAGAUGCAGAUGUUAGCAUCACAGACAUGUGGAGGACUGAAGGUAUCCCUUUUCUAGCCCCUUAGCUGCUUUCAUUUACUUUUGUUAUCCAUGGAUAGAAAAUGAUUGUGGACUCUUGGUUCUACCAUAGCAGGGGUUGAUUGGGGUGACUUAGGAUCGAUUCAAGAGAACUAUGCCAUGGCCACUGUCAGUACUCCACGUGCACAAACGCCGCCCCCUCAUACGGCAGAGAUGCCUUCUUCGACAAAUGCUUCAGGCAUGUAAAAUAUGGUGCAUCAAUGGAUUCAAAAUAAUGGCCUUGCGGCAACUGAGGGAAAUACUGGAACACUUCUGGUACAGAAGUUCAACCAAUUACCUUCCCUAUCUAGGUUCUUGACAGCCUUGGUGGUUGCCGCGAGAUCAUUAGGACACAGGCUUCCUAACCAGCUUUGAGGGAAGUCCAGAUAAAAGAAGCUGGUAAAUAUAAGUUGACAGCUGCUGGUUCGUUGUACAGAAUGAUUGCUCUGUAAUAUCAAUAAACAAAUGGAAGAACUUUACGUACGUUGCUCGUGUAAAUUAUUUCUAACUUAGAUCGUGCCUGAUAAUGUCGCCAUAAAUCUAGGUUAUCUCUCUACCAGCAUAAUCACAUUGUAUUGUAGCUGUAUCUCUUUCUUGUUGCAGAGUAUUCUUACUAUUCAAUUUCACCCAUACUUUUGGUCUUUAGCUUCCAUGUCUUAGAAUGAGACUGCAUAAAAAUUGAUGAUACUAAGACCCAAUGAGCAUAAGAUGUUACUAGGUGUUAGACUCGUCCGAUGGACGGGAAAGGCAUACAUAUUUAGACAUUUUUACAUAAAGUUUGUAUUUUUAUAAAAUAUGUAAUGAUUUCUGCUUUAAACAUGAUUACCUCUGGAUAUACAGGAAUUUAUUGUUUUUAAAUGACAUUUUAAAUUCACUGGUAAUAAGGUUUAUGCAGAUCUCUCUAAAAUUUAUUAGGAUUUGGU